AUGCUGUUGGAGGAGCCACCAUCAUCACUCCCGGCCUUUGGUUUUGUACCUACAGGCGCAGACAAAGGAGUCGAGAUGGAGGUGGAGGUAGACAAGGUGGUGAUGGCUGCAGACAUACCAAAGCCAUACCAACACCUGCAAGAUGUGUUCGAUGAGGUGGAAGCAGACAAGCUGCCCCAUCAUACUGAGCAUGAUCUCCACCUCAAGUUGAUAGAAGGAGGUGAGCCACCUCAAGGGCCCCUAUACCUCAAGGGACCCAAGGAGAUGUCCGAGUUAAGGAGGUACUUGGAUGAGAACCUCGAGAAGGGGUUCAUAAGACCAUUGAAGAGCCCGGCACAAUCACCAGUGCUCUUCGUACCAAAGAAGGAUGGAGGUCUCAGACUCUGUGUGGACUACAGAGGUCUCAAUGAGAUCACUGUCAAGAACAGGGCACCAUUGCCCCUCAUCGAGGAGCAGCUGUUCUUACUCAGGAAGGCAAGGAUCUAUACCAAGCUAGACCUUAGAGCAGCAUACAACCUCAUCCGGAUUGCUAAAGGAGAUGAAUGGAAGACAGCUUUUGGCACUCAGUUGGGACUCUAUGAGUACCUAGUGAUGCCCUUUGGCCUAGCCAAUGCUCCAGCUCACUUCCAGUCAUUCAUCAACGACAUCUUCCAAGACAUCAUUGGAGUAUAUGUAGUGGUAUACCUAGAUGACUUCCUGAUCUUCAGUGACACUGAGGAGGUACAUGUGAAGCAUGUCACUGAGGUCCUCAUUCGCUUAAGGAGCAACAGGCUCUUUGCUAAGCUGUCGAAGUGCAAGUUCCACACCAAGACAGUCGAGUUCCUGGGGUACAUCAUCAAGCCAAUGGGCAUAGAGAUGGACCCAGAAAAGGUGUGCACUGUCAAGGAGUGGCCAAUGCUGGAGUCAAUCCAUGACAUCCAAAGGUUCCUGGGUUUUGCCAACUUCUAUCAAAGGUUCAUAGCCCACUUUGCUCGCAUAGCCAAGCCAUUGACCCUGACAUACCGCUUCUGUCCCACUCUUCUGACUCUUAUCUCGUGA